AUGCAGAUCAUCUUCUCACUUGUUUUGGCGGUGACUACCCUGCUGAACUGCCAAAGCCUGGAGUGCUCGAAUACCUCAUCACCAGUGGCGACCGACUCUCUGAAGAAGCAUGGUGUGAUCACUGCAUCCUCAGUCUACCGCGUGUAUUACCUCGCAGUGGGCCUUUUUCACGCUCUACUCGUCACUCUUCCACGAACACAGCAGCAAGCGCUUUGCCCGAAUUUAGAGCAUGUCCGACAUGAUCACCUUGCUCUCACUUGCAGAACCACAACUGCUCUCGCAUUGAUCUGCCUCGGUAGUUGUAUUCGUAUCUACGCCUUCUGGCAACUAGGCUCAUGCUUCACGUUCUCUGUCAAAGCCUCAUCGCCUUCAUACGCUGGAUUAGCCAUCCAGGCCCCUGCAGUGUUGUAUUUCUGGGCAAGAGAGGAUGGUGUACUUGCAUUGACCAUUGUACAUUGGUGGUUCUGGGCUAUAUGUCUGCCAACGAUCGGAUGGGUACGAAUAAAGGAAGAGGAGGAACUGCUAGAGAAGACGUUUGGUCAACAGUGGAAGGAGUAUCGUCACACAACACGCAUGUUGGUGCCGUUCCUCUUUUAAGUAGGGAUGAGCGGGCCGGAGUGGGUCAUGCCAAUUUUGAAGAUGCUUGCAUAUGGU